AGUGGCGACUGUAAAGUAGAAGAUUAGAGGUCUGGGUGAGGACGCUGAAGGGUGGCCGAGAACUGCAGGCAGGUGCCCUCAAUGAAGGAUCCAUAACCAUCUCCUUGCCCCAUGCUCCUCCCCUUUCUCUUCCUCUGGGGCCUGGCCAUACCAGGCGGCCAUGCCUUCUUCCCAAACUUCUGGUCCAAGAUCCUGUCCUUCACCUGGGGAUCUUUCACUCAUCAGGAUCUGACAGAAGAAGCCAUGCUCAACGUCACCCUGCAGAUCCUACUGGACAACAAGCAUCCCACCAGACCCCCUCUUCGCUGGGAAGACUUUGAGGGCAAGACUCUAACAGCUGACGCCAUAUUGGGGGCAUAUUAUGGAGAUGAAGUGUCCUUGCGUCCAUAUCGAACCGCCAUGAGGCAGAUCGUUAGUGCCAAUGCUAAUAUGGACUUUCUGAAUGGUACCCGCAAUGAUCCUCUGAGGCACUUUGACUCCGAGAGGGUGAGACAAGGGAACAGCCUGGUGCUACGAGCCCGUGAGGAUCUGCUGUGGAAUAUGAGGGCCAAGGAAUAUGAAGGAGCCCGAGAGAUACUGGGCCAGAUAUUACAUUCACUGCAGGAUUUUUAUAGCCAUACUAACUGGGUAGAACUAGGGAACACAGACGUCCAUCCUGAUCUUGCCACCCCUGGGAAAGACAUUGACUCUAUAGCUGAAGUCUCUGAACAGACCUGUACAGAUUGUGCUGAUAUUUCUUGCCAGAAUAACAUUGCAGCAGCCAUUCAAAAGAGACAUCUCCUGACAUCCGGAUACUAUGGAGUGUCACCUGUAAAGCCUCGAGGGAAGUGCAGUCAUGGGGGUAUAUUUGAUGACAGUAGAGAACGCAGUGCCCGAGGAGGGAUCAACAAGGACACAGCCACUGCUGUAUUUUCCCCCCACCAUUUUCUCCAUGAUAAAGCUGCUCGAUUGGCUCUACAGGCAUCUAUUAAAUUUCUGAGUGAGCUACGAAGAGAGGUGACCGAUAGAGAUAUGUUAAGACUCCUGGGAGUUUCUGCCUUCCCAGCUUUGAGCUUUGUCCUGGACACUACAGGUAGUAUGGGAGAAGAGAUCACAUCGGCUCGUCUACAGUCACGAAACAUUAUCCAACGUCAACGCAGGACUUUACUGGAACCAGAUUACUACAUCUUGGUGCCCUUCCAUGACCCAAGCUUUGGCCCUGUGUAUAAGACAAGUGACCCUGAAGAAUUCUUAAAAGUCCUUGACAGUCUUCAUGCUCUUGGUGGUGGAGAUGAACCUGAGAUGUGUUUAUCAGCUCUUCAGCUAGCCCUAAUCAAUACACCUCCACAUUCUGAAAUCUUCGUCUUCACCGAUGCCUCGUCCAAGGAUGAACAUCUCCGAAGUAAUGUUGAGGCUUUAAUCCAAGAAAGGAAGAUGAAGGUGUCUUUCCUAAUAACAGAGGACCCUUCCAGAACAAGAGCAAGAAGCCGUCGGGAGUUAUUACGUCCAAACAGAUUUGACCUUUAUGCAGAAUUGGCCUCAGUUUCUGGAGGUCAGAUCAUCUUUACUAACAACCAAGACAUCUCGGAAGUUGCCAAAGUUAUAACAGAUUCGGCCUAUUUUGAUGUGGUCACCCUCCUGCACGUGCAGACCACAGAGGGAGGCAUCGCUCAUCAUGUCUUUCUGGUGGACGAGUUUCUGCACAGCGUCACGCUGUACAUAAACGGUGAUAUCAGGGAAUUCCGUAUCCAUGAUCCGAGAGGCCGAAAACAAAAUGGCCGCCGCCAGUCUUAUGGCAAAUUUACCCGAGUGUUUCUGUCAGACCCUCUGCAGGUGGGGAACUGGACAAUAUUCAUGAAAACUGUCGAGCCCUACAGUAUUCACAUCCAAGGUCGAAGCUCUGUCGAUUUCCUCUAUUAUUUUGGGACUCCUGUGAAUGGGUCUCAUCCUGGACUCUAUGAACUCAACAACCAACCAGUGGCUGGUGUCCCUGUGAUCCUGGUUGUUGAUGCCAUUGGCCUCCCAGAGUCCGCCAACCUAAGCCAUGUCAGCUUGACCGCACGCAACGGCGAGACGCAGACAGCCGAACUAGAGACGGCCAAUCAGGCAGGACUCUUCACUGCGAAAAUCAGUGACAUCCCCAUCGGAGAGUUUAGUGUUGGUGUGAGAGGUCAGGAUGGGAGAGGACUUCAGCUGAAACGGGAGGCACCGCAACAAUUCAGUGCAGCUGAAUGCAUUUUGGAGAUGUCCAGUAAUUUACUUGUGACACCAGGAACCUUACAUCCAAUUUUAAUGAAGGUCACCAAUUUUGGAGGACAUCACUGCUAUUCCAUCAGCAUGACUAACGAUGUCAACAAGGACUCUACUACAUUCAGGAUACAGAUGGAGCCUGGAAAGACAGAAGUAAGGAACAUGGAGAUCAGAGUUCCUGACAGCACCGAGCAAAAUACCAUCGUCACAGUGAUGGCAAAGGCAGAUGUGUGCGGCAGCAGCUCCCAACCACCAUGCUUCACCCACCUCUCAUUAAUAGUUAUUGGGGAAAAUGAGACCUCCACGUCGCCUCCACCCGUUUGCCCUCAGCCAUCCUAUCUCCAGUCCUGCCCUGAGUCGUUGGCCCCCAGCCGCUGCAAGGAUCACCAGUGGAGGGCCACUCUCUUAGUCACAGACAUAGAUGGGAUUAAAUCUGUCCACGUUGUGAAUGGUUCUGGUUCAGCCUCUCAUUAUUCAGAUGCAGGAAAUGAUGGCGUUGAAUACACAUCCGACUGCUGUGCCCUGCAAGCUGAGCUAUCGAUUACUAACCACAAGGAGGCAGGUUGGAGCUGUUCUCUACUUGCCCCAUUCACGGCUGCGCAGGCGGAACAUAAAGCCCACUAUUUACUGAUUAUACCCCUUCUGCUGGUACUUGUGGUGGGCCUGGGGAUAUGUUACAUGCAGAAGAUAAGGCGACGUCAGACUGAUUACAGCAGUCCAAAGGACUGCGAGAAAGAUUAAUGUUAACGGAUGAAAAUGUCUGGUGCCAAAAAUCCCCAGCACCAGGUAUGAAAGGCACAGUGAUCAGACAGGAGCACAAAACGUUAAGGUGAUUGCCCUCCAUUUUUUUACUUAAUUGGUCCAAAAUUCUGUGCUUAUUACCAUUUUUUUCACUUUAUAAGAUGCACCCGAUGAUAAGACGCACCCCAGAUUUUAGAGGAGGAAAAUAAGAUUUUUUAUUUUUUCA